AUGGUGCAAGAAGAACAUGAUGAUUUGAAGCAGAUCUUGGAAGCAAUCACUCAUGAUUUACAAGAUGACAAGAUCAACAUAAUACGGCGAGCCCUACUGGAGCCACUUGCCUUGCUUCUCCGUGAUCCAGAGGCCUCAAAGCUGAUUUCAUCACCUGAAAAGUCUCACUAUUGCAAUCGAUAUGCAAACAACCUCCCUGGACUACAACGCGCAUUCUUGGAGACUAGAUUGCCGAAUCAUCUACGCUGGCUCCUCGAACAUGUCGCCUUGCCAACUUUACCACGUCUGUCCAACGUAGAACGACAACAGCUCUUUACCCCAUAUUUUGUACCAGCUCUCGAAAGCGUAAAUGGAUACGUACUAUCUGCAUCACUCUCUGUAUUGAUCUCAGUCAUGUCAGACAAGGAGCAGCAUCUGGACGUGCUACGAUUAUCGUGUGAUUUGCUUCACGACUUGUUGAAGCGUCAUGGAGUUAGGACAUUUUAUCAGCAUGUAUUACGGAAUCGAAACGUUACUCUAGCUAUGGAGUAUGAUUCGCUGAUAUGCUCAUUGCCUGAUCGGAUUAGUAACAUCUUCACAACGAAUACAUCGGCAUUCUUCUACCCAGAAAACUAUUUCAGUAUGAUUGGAAGCCAGAUCGAAGAGUUGAUUAUGUUUUGGCCGAAUUCAGUGAAUGGUUGUGAUGAUGAAUCUGUACGCCCUAUAUCCUGUCUGAUAGGACGAAUCUGUCGGCUUGGACAUAGUGAUGACAUUGUCCAAGUUUGGGCUCAGCAUUGGCCUCAACUUCUAGACCAAGACUCUUAUUGGACUGUGUUACAGAAGUGCAUCGUGAAUCUAUCUAUGAUGGAAGCAGAAAAACUCAUAUUAUCGUUCCUCAAUAUUUGUGAAAGUCGACUCUCCAACAAGUCUGGAGUUGAGGUACUGCCAGAUGUUGUACUAUACACCUCUUUUCUAUUGAAACUGGUUGGAAACCUCGUGUUGGAAAAGCCAGCAACAUACGGCUAUAUCAUGCGGCAAAAGCUUCUACUGGUCAGAGUGCUUAGUUUGAAUGCUCUUCGAGUUUUAAUACAUACGUGGAGUCGCAUUGCCCUGAAUGAAUUGGCUUCUCUGCUGAGCACCCUUUUGGAUAGAUGGACAGAUAUUACAUUCGUCAAAAACUGUACUCUGCCGCAGUUGACCUAUGUGUCGCAAGCUAUUCUCUUGACUUCCAGUUAUUUGUCACCUCUAUCAUUGGAGCCUGCUGUACUGUCACUGCUGGAAGGUCUUCGUGUAUACCUUGGCGCUACCGACUUGACAGUUCGUCAACUUGGGAUGGUCGUUGCUGAAUGUCUGACGAAAGCAGCCAAUCCUGAAGCAUGUUUAAAUUUUGAAAUCAAAGACACGCUUGAGACGACAUUAUUAAGGUCGUUGGCUCAGAAGGUGGACUAUGGUAAUAUCAAGGCUUCUACGUUCACCGUUGGAAGAAUUGAAAGUUCAGUGACAGACUUAAAGCCUGAAAUAAGUUCCACUACUUCACCAAAUCGUUUGAAGGCCAUACCGAGACUACAUCAAGUCGACUCAGAUGAUGAAGACGAUGAUUUGAAACCAUUUGCUAUGCCUGAUGAAAGCAACGUCUCAAACACCAAAGUCAAGUCGCCUGUGUAUUUACGUGACGCUAUUGCGUUCCUCAAGUCUGAUGAACCUGAAAAGAUUGAUGUGGCCAUCAAAGCUUUCAAGAAUCUCGUUCAAAAGGCUACUCAACGUGAAAUGGAUGAAUUGGCUAUUGAACUUGCAACUAUAGCUUUGAAUUUGCAAGAUACGUAUGAUUUAGAAGGAUUCUCAGAAAAUCGUUUAGACUCUCUUGUUGCGUUGCUUGUUCGAGCUCCUGUCUUGGUGGUUCCAUAUCUAAGUACGGAAUUCUACGAACGAAACUAUAAUCUUUCACAACGCAUGGAUAUUCUUGCAUCUCUAAUGACAGCUUCUCGUGUGCUUUCCAACAUUGAGGUAGAGCCCGAAGAAAUCGCCACUACAACAAAAUCUCAAAAGUCUCAAACUACAACUGCAGCAGACGUUGUAUCUCAACGUAUUAUGCAAAAGACCCGUAUAACCUCACGUCGAAUGUCUGUCAAGCAACCUGUGUCUCAAAAGAAUCGAUUCUCAGAUGUUGCUGGUCUCUUUUUCUUUUCACUUCUGGGAAGAUUUGAUACAAAAGGUGCUAUGCUGGUGACAGGGACAAACAUGAAUGUGCUGUUGACUAGAUAUGUUACCACGCUCUCCAUGAUUGCUUACUGCUCAUACAAUUGUGUGGAAUCACGCAAGAUUUGUCGUGGCAUGUUUGAAUUCGCAUGGGCUCUCCGAUACUUGCCCGAUCGGUCAAGCGAGAAUGCAGGUCAACUACGACGUGCCAUUCUCCUAUCAUUCAAUGUGAUUGCGAAUGUCUUGCCACCGUCAAUCAUGUCGGACGAGUUUUCAGGAAUGGAGUUGCAGGAAUUGUUUGAUUACAUUGUUACGUCGAUCUCAAAGGACUCUCAUCCUGAAAAUGUCAAGAUUGCCCAAGGGACACUUUUAGCUUUGAAAGGCUCCUUGUCUCCAGAGUGA